UGCACCCCCGCCCCCUCCCCGGCCCUGUGCUUAUAACCCGGGAUGCGCGCCUGCCCCGGCCCUGCUCCGCAGUCUGCCUGCCACUGCUUCCUGGGCUCGCUCACUGAGUUGUUCACCAGACCAGAAAGACAGACUACGGACUCCAGGAACCUGUACCUGAAACCCCAGACAAGAUGUCCAGCAAGGGCUCCGUGGUUCUGGCCUACAGCGGUGGCCUGGACACCUCCUGCAUCCUUGUGUGGCUGAAGGAACAAGGCUACGAUGUCAUCGCUUACCUGGCCAACAUCGGCCAGAAGGAAGACUUCGAGGAAGCCAGGAAGAAGGCACUGAAACUUGGAGCCAAGAAGGUGUUCAUUGAAGAUGUGAGCAGGGAGUUUGUGGAGGAAUUCAUCUGGCCAGCUGUCCAGUCCAGUGCGCUCUAUGAAGACCGCUAUCUCCUGGGUACCUCUCUGGCCAGGCCUUGCAUAGCUCGCAAGCAGGUGGAAAUUGCCCAGCGCGAGGGGGCCAAGUAUGUGUCUCAUGGCGCCACGGGAAAGGGCAAUGACCAGGUCCGCUUUGAGCUCACCUGCUACUCACUGGCGCCCCAAAUUAAGGUCAUCGCCCCCUGGAGGAUGCCUGAGUUUUACAACCGGUUCAAGGGCCGAAAUGAUUUGAUGGAGUAUGCAAAGCAACAUGGAAUCCCCAUCCCUGUUACACCCAAGAGCCCAUGGAGCAUGGAUGAGAACCUUAUGCACAUCAGCUACGAGGCUGGAAUCCUGGAAAACCCCAAGAGCCAAGCCCCCCCAGGCCUCUACACAAAGACCCAGGACCCUGCCAAAGCACCCAACAGCCCAGAUGUCCUUGAGAUAGAAUUCAAAAGAGGAGUCCCCGUGAAGGUGACCAACAUCAAAGAUGGCACUACCCAUCACACGUCCUUGGAGCUCUUCAUGUACCUGAACGAAGUUGCGGGCAAGCACGGAGUAGGUCGCAUUGACAUUGUGGAGAACCGCUUCAUUGGAAUGAAGUCCCGGGGUAUCUACGAGACCCCAGCAGGGACCAUCCUUUACCACGCUCAUUUAGACAUAGAGGCCUUCACCAUGGAUCGGGAAGUGCGCAAAAUCAAGCAGGGCCUGGGCCUCAAAUUCGCGGAGCUUGUCUACACGGGGUUCUGGCACAGCCCUGAGUGUGAAUUUGUCCGUCACUGCAUCGACAAGUCCCAGGAGCGGGUGGAAGGGAAGGUUCAGGUGUCUGUCUUCAAGGGCCAGGUGUACAUCCUUGGCCGGGAGUCUCCACUCUCACUGUACAAUGAAGAGCUGGUGAGCAUGAACGUGCAGGGCGAUUAUGAGCCCAUUGAUGCAACUGGCUUCAUCAAUAUCAACUCGCUCAGGCUGAAGGAAUACCAUCGCCUUCAGAGCAAGGUCACCACCAAAUAGACCCUGACAAAGAGGAGCGGGGCCUCCCCACUCCGCAGCAAUCCCAGGCUUCAGCGUUAAUUGUUGUGAUAAAUUUGUAAUUGUGGCUUGUUCUCCCGCCACCUGACUGGGGCUGCUGCGUGCCCCCCCCCCAGGCUUUGUUCCCUAGUCCCCUACAGCCUACAAAAGUGGUCAUCCAAGGGAAGGGGAGGGCAGGGGCAGCUGCGGAGAACAUAAAAUGACAAUUAAAAGAAGUUACAUUAGUCUUUUA